AUGAGGGGCGGGACGGACGCCGAGGCCGCCGAGCUUAUGGCGUGGAUAAGAAUAGGCGAGUCGGUUGAAUCUGUCGUUUCCUAUAUAGAGUCCAAGUCCAGGGCUGUUGUUGUAUCUCAAAGAAUUAUCGGUGCAAACAACCAAGCCAAGAGCAAGUUCAUCGAAACACUAUUCGACAGAACAGAGUGGCUCGACGAUCUCGGCUCCCGUACCCAGAGCUACUUCUCAUACAACUUCGGCAACCUCCCCUUCUCCAGCGGCAUCAAAGCGAACCACUAUCCCGCCGUAGCCCAGCAGGGCCAGCUCCAGAACUACUACGCCAAGCACAACUGGGCCACGAUGACGGCCAAUGAUGGCCACGGCGUUGACUCUGUGACCAAAGCCUGGGCAGACACGCUGCAGAAGGCCCGGCAGAUGGUUACUGAGGGUGCGAAUCCUGAUGAUCUGACGGGGACGUUUCCGUCUGUGGCGGCGUUGUUUGAUAAGACCGAGUAUGAAAAUGCGCCCAUGAUUAGUAAAUGGGCUGUUCAAUUCAUCUACAGCGCGAGACGGCAGGAUUAUGUAUUUACGUCCAUGGCUGCUGUGUGGGUUGUUUGGAUUGUCAUGAGAUGGCAGAUCAAUCCCACCCCUGAGACCUAUGCUGAAAUGCCUGAUUGGAUUAGACCAACCGAACUUCAAGUCUUCGUCCCUCAUAUUGACAUGCUGGAUUGCAUAUCAUGGCCAUUCUUCCGAGACUACAUCAUACAGCGUCCAGAAAUGCAGCACGGUGAGCUACAAUGGCUUGCGGCGUGUACUUCAGGCGUACAAGCGUAUUGGCGUGGAACAAUAGAGGAAGCACUAUGUGUUGACGAAGCUACAGGAAAGCGACGGUUCACAGUAGAAGCUGAGGAAGCAGUUAGGGACCUUAAAAAUUGGUCGCUUGCGUCGUCGUACCGUGUGUUCAUGCCUGGUAUCGAUGGGAAUAUCCCUAUAAGAACGGUGGUGGAUGAAACAGCCACAUGA